AUUCUCAGGUAAUUGGAAACACAGAGAGGAAAAAAAGAAGAGGAAAACGAAUCGUCUUCUUAUUUAAUACUCUCUCACUCUCACAGCCAUCUCUACACGUCUCUCUCUCUCUCUCUCUCUCACCACUGUAUAUUCAUUCAAUAUCCCAAACCCCAACCAUCUUUCUCUCUCCCUGGUGAUGAUGAUGAAAUGUGAACAUAGAUAUCGAAGCAACGGACGCGAGUAUGUGAGAUAUUAGGGCUUCUGCUGCGAGAUUUUUUGUAUUCAAUUCAGGAAUUAAAGAGGGAGAAUGCCGUUGACGAGAUACCAGAUAAGGAAUGAGUACAGCCUGGCGGAUCCGGAGCUGUACAGAGCUGCGGAUAAAGAUGAUCCAGAGGCUCUGCUCGAGGGAGUUGCCAUGUCUGGUCUCGUCGGCGUCUUGCGCCAGCUCGGGGACCUUGCCGAGUUUGCUGCCGAGAUAUUCCAUGACUUGCAUGAAGAAGUAAUGGCAACUGCUGCAAGAGGUCACGGUCUAAUGGUCCGAGUCCAACAGCUUGAAGCAGAGUUUCCCUCUAUUGAAAAAGCAUUUCUGUCUCAGACAAAUCAUUCAAUAUUCUUUUCUAAUGCAGGUAUGGACUGGCACCCAAAUCUGCAAAUGGAACAGAAUGUAAUUGCUUCUGGGGAUUUACCUCGUUGUGUGAUGGAUUCUUAUGAGGAAUGUCGGGGUCCACCAAGAUUAUUCUUUCUGGACAAAUUUGAUGUUGCGGGAGCUGGGGCAUGUUUGAAGCGUUACACCGAUCCGUCAUUCUUUAAAAUUGAGUUGGCAUCCUCUAGGAUUACAACAGUAGAAGUCCAAAGAGAGAAGAAAUCAAGGAAAGUGAAGAAGAAAGGAUCUCGCUGGAGGAAUGGAGAGACACCUGAAAAUGCAUCGGGACCACAUGCCAAAUUGCACCAGUUGUUUCUGGAGGAGCGUAUUGAGAACGGUUAUAGUGAUCCUGCUCGUCUUGUGAAAUUGAAGAGAAGGCUGUUAAGUGGAUCUCCACUUAACUCCAGGUCCGGGAAAAGUUAUAUGGAGAAGUUUGUGCAGACUCCUUCACCGGAACAUAAAACAAUUAAUGAAAUUUCUGUUACUUCUCAACCUUUGACAUCGAUAUCAGAUAAUUCUAGUGAAUCAGGAAUUGAAAUACAUGAAAUCAGUUCAGUGGGUGCUGUGGAAAUGUCAUCUCAUGGAAUGGAAAACACAGUCUCUCUACCUCAUAAACAGGAAUUGCUACAGAAGCCUUCCAUAGAUAUUAUGGCCAGACAAAGUGUGAAGAUGCAUGAACCAACUGUUGAUGUUGGGACACAGAAAGUAUCUUCCGAGAGCAAUAAGAUGGUGGACAAGGAAUUAAAAAUUGAUGCAAAAGAGGAGGGCAGUUUGGACGGGGACCAUUCUGAAGAUUUGGCCAGCGAGGUUGACAAUUAUAUGGAUGCUCUCACUACAAUGGAAUCAGAAGGGGAAACAGACACUGAGUACAAGAUUAAGAAUGAAGUAGGAUUCCAAAAUACAAGUCAACAUGGGACUGAUUCUGAUGCAAAUGAGGAACAUACGGAGGUCCCAGCUCAAUUUUCGGAUUCUCAGUCGCUAGGAAACAGCUCAGAAUCUGACGAUGGAAAUGGCUCAUGCAAAAAAGGAAGCUCUAGUUUUUCUUACUCUGAUACUGUAAGGUCUUCUGCUGAGAUUGUGCAAUCUGAUGGUGAAGAAACAGCUAAACCGUUUCCUUCUACUGAAACUCAUGUAUCUGAGAUAGUGGACACAUUAUCCAAGCAGUUGUCCAUGAAUAAAGAGUUAAUGGAGUCCAGUUCCCAUGAGCCUGUAUCAACCAGUGGAAGUAGCGCUACAAAAGACAGCACACCCAAUGCUGAAGAAGAAUGCUUUAAUUCAUAUAGUACGAAUUCAAAUCAAAUACAUCUUCCACUAUACCCUGGAGAAAGUGUGCAGUCAGCUUCACUGGUUGAAUCUGAACUAGGUGAAAUUCUUCCUGAAUGUGUGAAUCUUGCUUCUGAAAAGUUAAGCACUGAAAGUGGGACAAAUCAAGCAAAUUCUUCAGAGCUAAUCUCUGAUGUUUACAGCCAGACAAGGGAUGACGCAGUUUCUUCAGUUCCUGUUGAAAACCAUUCAAACAUUGAAUCUGAUUGUCUAGAUUCAAAAGCCUCUUCGGGUGCUUCGGCAAAUCCAGAUUUGGCUUCUGGAGAGAAACAAUAUGGUUCUUCUGCAGAUGACCAUGCAGGUGGUAGUUGUUCUGAAAAGUUGGUAAGUGUUGAGGUUGGUUCUGUGGAAGCAAUUAUAUCUCUUACGGAGAAGCAGUCUGCAAGCUCAGCCAGUGCAGAAGUAGAUGUUUGUUCAGAUGUUUCAUUACGGGACGAUGGCUCAGAUGUUAUGAAGUUUGAUGACACAGUUCUUGCAGUUAGUUGUCCUAUAUCAGCAGCUGAAAUCAAAUCAGGGAUAACUUCUAAGGGUGUUGAAGUUGAUGAAACUGUUCCUGAAAUGAAAAGAAUUCCGGAAAUUGAUGAUGCAAGUACACAUGUUGAACUCAACUCAGAAAAUAUAACUCUUCUGAGUCAUGAAGAUGACACUUCUGCUCGAGCAACUGAAGAAAUAUCUAAAGUAGGUGGUGCAAUUUCAGUGCCUGAGGUCAACCUAGAAAAUUCAAUUCCAAAUAGAACUGAAGUUAAUGAUAGUAUUGCAGCCCUCAACAUCGGCUCAGAAAAUGAGACUUCUAUGGUGGAUGCUUCUCAGACUUGUAGCUCAGAAAACCAGCAGCUCUCAGUUACAUCGGAUGGUGUUCCACAACUUGAACUUGAUGUUGCAGAAGAGGAAGUUUCCUCUUCAGUACGGGGAACAUAUCAUGAAGGGACAUCUAGUGGUCCAGAAGAUGAAGAAAUAGAUACUAGCCAAGCAAGCUUGGGUAAUAUAGCAACUGACAGUUCUCAUGAAGUAUAUGCAGCUGUUUCUAAUACUGGUGCAUAUGCUGGCGAGGAUUUCAACGAUGCUUGCCUAUUUACGGCAUUAGUUCAGUCUCCAUCUGGAGAUCACAUGAAUUUUCAGGAAUGCUUCUCUGGUGCCGGAAAUCUACAUCAGGAAGAAUCUGAAUUUAAUGAGGCAGUUUUUUCAGAAUAUCAUCCCGAGCCAAAGGAGCAAAAGAAAGUGAAUCAAUUGGAAGUUGGUCCAAAUGAUUCAGACUCCAUUUCCUUAAAUUCAACAUUUUAUGACAAUUCAGACCAGAAGACAUUCAGUGAUGUUCCAGAUUCUUCUCUGGCCGAACCAACAAGAAACAGUUUGGCUGUUGGUGAUAUCAGCACAGCACUGGAAUUUUCAAAAGCUUGUGAUCUAGAAUUAGAAAGAGAAUCUGUCCAUUGUAAUUGUACUUCAGAAAAUAGUGAAGAUGCCAUUUCUUCACCUUUGUGUUGCCUCCCAGAGACAGAAACUCCCUUGGAACAAUCAUUGGUGUCACAAGCUCAUCAGGUGGACUGCCUGCAAGGACAUAAUUUCAUGGCAUCAAAUUGCCUGGAUCACAACGAUCAGGAAAGAUGUUUUCAUGCUUCUCCUAAAUCUUGUCCAGAAGAAUUUCCUAGCCAAGCUUCAUCAGAAGUUUUAACACAAUCAUCUGGAUGGGAACUGGAAAGGAAGCAAGUGGUGAAUUCUGUUUGUCCUAGUUUUAUGUCACUUCCUGAGCCUAAUCAUGUUAGCAUGGAGGAAAUGCCACCAUUGCCACCUCUUCCUCCAAUGCAGUGGCGGGUUGGGAGGCUUCAAAAUGUUCCCCUGGCAUUGCACGGAGAAUUGGCUGAAAAUGGUCAGGCAUUGUUCCCAAAAAUAUCACCUUAUGCAGCUGAUGACAAAGAUCAGUCUAGUUUCACAGCAUCACACGGAGAGAUUGGACAGCCAGGGGAUUCCUUUAUUCCCCUCUCAGUUGUUGAAGGAGAACAGUCACGUGUUCCUGAACAUAAUGGGGCUUAUUCAACACAGCCCCCACCAUCCCAAAUGCAGUUACCGACCACAGGUAGUGAACCAAACAGACAACAUGACAGUCUCACCUUCGAGGGAACUCAAUCUCCGAACUCAUGUUUGACAUUGCCAGCAGUAUCUAAUGAGAGGCCUGAGCAAGGGUUCCAUUCUUUGGAGGAAAAUAUAGUUCAAUCCACUCCACCCCCAUUCUUAGAAAUACCUGCUAUUGAGCAGACGACUGCCAGGAACAAUCUUAGAUCUUUGCAUGAAAAAUCAGUCCUGCCUCUUAAUGAAGUAGUGGCAGAAACAGGUCCAGCGGUUGAGGCAUCUCCACAUGGUUCUCAGAAUUUUGGAAAAGUUGAGGAUCCUUCUGAUUCCUCUAAGACGUUACCAGCCAAGGUAGAAGAACAGCUUCAAUUUGUUAAGCCUGGUUCAGGGGAAACAGCACCGGUGUCAGUAAAUCCAUUUAAUUCGCAGGUCUUACCUAGUUUAGAAGGGGAGGGGGUGUGGCCCUCCAAUGCAUUUGCCCUUGCACCGACCUUUGAGGUUGAAAAGGUGAAUGCAAAUCCAGCAGUUAAGCUUCCUCGACCUCGAAGUCCUCUCAUAGAUGCUGUUGUUGCUCAUGACAGAAGCACGUUGAGAAAGGUGUCUGAGCGAGUUCGUCGUCAGAUUGCACCUAAGGUGGAGGAAAGAGAUUCAUUGCUGGAACAGAUACGAACCAAGUCCUUUAGUUUGAAGCCUGCGUUGGUGACAAGACCCAGCAUUCAAGGUCCUAAAACAAACUUGAGGGUUGCUGCAAUAUUAGAGAAAGCAAAUGCAAUUCGUCAGGCUACGGCUGGAAGCGAUGAAGAUGAUGAUACAGAUAGUUGGAGUGAUUCUUGAACAUAUAGGUGCCAGAACUAUACUGCUAUCUUUAUUGCUUUAGAAGUGAAUCUAGCUGGGGCCAUAAAGUUCUCCUUGCAGAAAACGUCCUUCUAUACCCUUCUAUGUAUUCAUGUGUUAUGGCUUUUUUUCCCCUAAGCAUGUUCAUAUUUCUUUUUUCACGUUGAAAAUAUAGAUCUAUCAGUACGUGGAUCUGCUCUAUCCAUGAAGACCCAGGGUGAGAUCAAAUGCUCUGUAUCAAGAGGCUCAGCGUGUAACUGCUGUACCGGAUUAGAUUCGAUGUAUUAUUACCCUGAAAAUGUUGGCAGGUGUAAAUUGUGAAUUGGUGUAAGUUUUGGUUGUAGUAUACUUGUGCAAUUUUGUAGUCUUGUACGUAAUUGGUAAUGAAACAUAUAUCUGUGCAUUUAUACCGUUUAGUUUCUGGUCUUGUAUUUAAAAAAAGAAGAAAUAACAAUGUAGCUUCUGUUUCAUGCCCCCA